CCUUUCUACAUUAUUGCAACCCAUUUAUUUAUCUCAGUAAGCCUACUACUACAUCCUCUCAACAAGUUAACAAAACACAAGAUAUCUCAAUCCAAUAUCAAAGUUCUCUCCAUUUGAAUCUAUCUCUCUGCCUGCUUCUCAUCAAAAAUCAUGUUGCAUUCUACCUUCCAAGUUUCAAACCAAACACCCUCAUUCUUCUCCUUCUCAAGAAAAUACUCUUCUUCCUCUUCUACUUUUUUAUAUGGUACUUCUCAUGCAAUAAUUAAUAAUAAGGUGAGAGCACAUCAUGAGAAAAAGAAGAGUAGUGGAAGAAAGGGAAGGAGAACAGGAAGGAUAUGUUGCUCAGUGAGCAAAGAGACUAAAACGGCGGUGGAGGAUCAGUUGGACAGCAGUCCAGUGAGGGUGAAGGGAGUUGUCAAUGUGCUGAUGAGCACUGGAGAUAACUUAACAAAUAUUGGAAUUACACGGCCUCUUGAUGAUAUCCAGGAUUUGCUUGGCAAGUCUCUCCUUGUUGAGAUUUUCAGCUCACAUCUUGAUCCUCAGACUGGAAAGGAGAAGGGAGUGAUAGCAGCAUAUGCACACAGGCAGAGUAAGGAAGGAGAUGUUGUUAAGUAUGAGUGUAGUUUCACAAUGCCGAAGAAUUUCGGUAUUGGUGGAGUUCUUGUCACCAAUGAGCACCACAAGGAGACCUUCCUCAGGGACAUAGUUCUCGCCCCCUUAGACGACAGCAAACCUGUAAACAUCAGCUGCAUGUCCUGGGUGCACAGCAAGUUUGAUUGCCAUGAAAAGAGAAUAUUUUUCACUAAUAAGUCAUACUUGCCCUUCCAGACGCCGGCAGGGCUCCAGCGGCUGAGGGAGGCAGAUCUAGAGAGCAAGAGAGGAGAUGGCACCGGUGAGCGAAAGACAUAUGAGAGGAUCUAUGACUAUGACACCUACAAUGAUCUCGGUGACCCAGACAACAGUGAUGACUUGGUCCGCUCUAUUCUUGGUGGCUCCAAGGAGUACCCCUACCCCCGGCGUUGCCGCACUGGCAGGCCUCCAACCAAGAAAGACCCAAAUUCAGAGACAAGGAAGGGGACUAUGUAUGUACCAAGGGAUGAAGCCUUCUCAGAGGUGAAGCAACUGACAUUCUCUGUGAAGACACUGAGGUCUGCGCUGAAAGCAUUGGUGCCAUCCAUUGAGACAGCGAUCAUUGACACCAAGCUUGGGUUCCCCUACUUCACAGCCAUUGACACGUUGUUCGAUGAGGGCAUGCCUCUCCCUAAGCAGGAGGGCCUCAACUUUUUCCGCACUCUAGUACCCAGACUCAUCAAGGCCGUGCAGGAUACCACCGACAUCCUGCUCUUUGAAACUCCAGAGAUGAUAGAUAGGGAUAAGUUCUCAUGGUUCAGAGACGAAGAACUUGGAAGACAAACUUUGGCAGGUUUAAAUCCUCUAGGUAUUCAGUUGGUCACGGAGUUCCCGUUCGUAAGUAAGCUUGAUCCAGAAGUUUAUGGUCCACCUGAAUCAGCAAUCACCAAAGAAGUGAUUGAAUGUGAGCUGGGAGGACGUUUGACAGUAGAGGAGGCAAUAAAGCAGAAGAGGUUAUUCAUAAUAGAUUACCAUGAUUUGCUGCUACCGUAUGUACACAAAGUCAGGGCGCUGGAAAACACCACCUUGUAUGGAUCACGCACAUUGUUCUUCCUCACACGAAGAAACACAUUAAAGCCCAUUGCUAUUGAGCUCACCCGUCCAGCUUCCCCGACGAAGCCCCAAUGGAAGCAAGUCUUCUCCCCUCAUAAUUGGGAUUCCACCGGAGCCUGGCUUUGGAAGCUCGCAAAGGUUCACGCUGGUGCCCAUGACUCUGGCGUCCAUCAACUUGUCUCCCAUUGGCUGCGAACUCACGCCUGCACAGAGACGUACGUCAUUGCAGCAAACCGGCAACUAAGCGCAAUGCAUCCAAUAUACAGACUUCUACACCCGCAUUUCCGGUACACAAUGGAGAUCAACGCACUAGCAAGAGAGUUUCUCAUCUCAGGAGGCGGCAUCAUUGAGACCUCCUUCUCCCCCAGCAAGUACUCCAUGGAGCUCUGCUCUGUAGCCUACGACAAGCUCUGGAGAUUUGACACGGAAUCACUCCCAGCUGAUCUGAUCAGCAGGGGAAUGGCGGUGGAGGAUCCGAACGCAGAGCACGGGCUGAAGUUGACGAUUGAGGACUACCCGUACGCCGCCGAUGGGCUGCUGGUCUGGUCGUCGAUCAAGGAAUGGGUGACGGACUACGUCUAUCACUAUUACCCCAGACCGGAGCUAAUAAAGAAGGACCAAGAGUUGCAAGCAUGGUGGACGGAGGUACGUGUGAAGGGGCACCCCGAAAAGAAGGACGAGCCAUGGUGGCCGAAGCUGGAGACGGAGGAGGACUUGAUCGGAAUUCUGUGCACCAUCAUCUGGGUGGCGUCCGGGCACCACGCGGCGGUGAACUUUGGGCAGUACCACUACGCUGGAUACUUCCCGAACAGGCCGACGAUCGCGCGGGUGAGAAUGCCGGUGGAGGCGUUGGAGGAUGGGGACAGUGGGGAGUUCGAGAAGUUCUGGGAGAAGCCGGAGACGGCGCUGAUGAAGUGCUUUCCAUCACAAAUACAGGCGACGGUGGUGAUGUCGAUAUUGGAUAUACUGUCGAACCAUGCGCCGGAUGAGGAGUACCUGGGAGGGGAGUUGGAGGCGUCGUGGGCGGAGAACGUUGAGAUAAAGGCGGCGUUUGAGAGGUUCAAUGGAAGGAUGAAAGUGAUCGAGGGGAUCGUUGACGCCAGGAAUGCUAACCAAGAGCUGAGGAACCGGUGCGGCGCCGGGAUAGUGCCUUAUGAACUAUUGAAGCCGUUCUCAGAGCCUGGAGUCACCGGCAUGGGGAUCCCCAAUAGCAUCUCCAUCUGAAGCCCUCCUACUUACUUCUACUAGUUAAUUGCUCUGCUUCCGCUGCUUGUGCUUGUGCUUGUGCUUGUGCUUGUGCAAGUUGGAAUCAGUUGUUUGCGUAUAUGAUAAUAAAUGGGAAUGCAUAGCGAAAGCUAUAAUGGGAACAUUCUUCACGCUUUUUUA